UUUGUCCCCGAACGAAUUAACAGCUCGUUGUAACCCCGCUCAGGAUUUUAGCCGGGUGAAGAGAUCAUCCUGAGCCCCGUAACAUGCACAUUGAAGAAACUAUAAAGUCCAAUCUCGCAAGUUGCGAAAGAAAAUGGCUUUGCUUCUCAACCUAGGUACUGCUUCUGGUCCUUUGGAAAGAUGCCCUCAUCCAAGAUCAAUUGCCUGUUUGGCAUUCAUAUCUUCGUUCGCUUGGCACAAUGUACAAGUUCUGCAAUUCCUACUGCUACCGAUACCUAUUCAACCAAAGUCUACGAUGUCUCUGCUGCGACGACAACAUUGAGCUAUCAGUACACCAAUGAGGAAUUGGCGAUGCUAUGGAAUCAGGUGGGAUCAAUUGCAGUAGGACCGAUUACGGCGACGGUGGAGCCAACGCCAGAACCAUCAUCGUAUGCUCGCCCAGGAAUCUUCCAUCCUUUAGUAUGUUAAUAUCCUACCAUUGAAUAUCGCGUAUCUGAUUUUUGCAGGUGCCAACCUACGAUACCUCCCUCAAUAACGAAACUCUACCCGAUGAUUUCGUAUGGGGCUUAGCAGCGAGCGCAUAUCAGACAGAAGGAGCUGCGAAAGACGAAGGCAAAGGUCCUUCGAUUUGGGAUUUGCUUGCACAUCGAGGUAAUGUUGUCUCAGAUGAUUCGACCGGUGACAUCGUAGCUAGUCAUUAUUGGCUAUACAAGCAAGACUUUGCUCGUCUUGCUAAGUUAGGGAUUCCAUACUUCUCUCCAUCAUUUUCGUGGUAAGUGUCAUAUGUGUCUCAUUGAGGAUUCUAUGGCUAAUAUUUCGGGACCAAGGCCAAGAUUUUUCCCAUUCGGCAAUGGACCUGUGAACCAGCAGGGUGUCGAGCAUUAUGAUGAUGUUAUUGCUAGCAUGGUCGCUAAUGGAAUCAAACCUGUCGUCACCUUGUUUCAUUGGGGUACUUCAUCAUUCAUGUAGUUGAUUAGUUAUAUGCUAAUAUGUUUUAGACACACCACUCGCACUAUUCAACUCCUAUGGAGCCUGGACCGAUGAGCGAAUUGUGGAUGACUACUUCAAUUAUGCCAAGUUUGUCAUCAGCAGAUAUGACAAAUAUGUACCGAUUUGGUAUACAUUCAACGAGCGUAUGGAAGCUCCUACCACACAAUGUCUCUCUUACUGACCUCACUUCACAGCUCAAUACUGCAACUGGCAAUACUCUCUUUACCACGCCGGUACCACCGCAGGGAUGUACCCCGCCUAUCACAACAUCACUGGUGGCCUACCAGCUCGCAUCGCCUGUUCCCAUUAUACCAUUCUCGCUCAUGCAAAAGUAGCAAAGUGGUACCACGAAGAAUUUCACGGCGCAGGCCGCAUCAGUUUCAAAAACUCCGGCAACUACUUCGCACCCUUAAGUAACUCCUCAGCAGAUGUCGACGCUGUGGCCCGCAAUUAUGAGUUUGUACUCGGUUGGUUUCAGGGCUGUUGGCGCGACGGUGAUUACUCUUCCAUGUUGAAAGAAACAUUGGGGUCUUUACUCCCGGAAUUCACCCAGGAAGAAAAAGACUUGAUCAAGGGAAGUUGCGACUUCUUCGCCAUAGACGGCUACACCGGAUACUACGCUACCCCUAUUGCCGGGGGCUCCGCAGCCUGCGCUUCCAACUCCUCGCAUCCCGCAUACCCCGAAUGCGCAAGUUCCACUUCUCUAGCUGCUGAUGGCUUCCCGCUAGGACCAGCUGCCGACGAGGGAGUAAACUGGUUAGCUAGUACGCCAUAUGGAAUUCGCGAGUUCCUCAAUGUUAUCACGAAACAGUUGUUCCCAACAGUGGGAGAUAUCGUAGUGAGCGAGUUUGGAUUCGCAGAGCCAUUUGAAGGGGAGAUGAGUACUCUCGGGGAGGUCCUAUGGGAUUUGAGACGAGCGGAUUACUACAGAGGAUUUUUGGACAAUAUCCUCAAGGCGAAGGUUGUAGAUGGUAAGUUUCCCUUAUUCAUUCGCAAACAUCCUGAAAUCAGUGCUAAUCGGUGAUGGAUGAUAGGUGUGAAUGUUACCGGAGCAUUCGGAUGGGCCAUCUUCGAUAAUUUUGAGUGGUUCGUCGGAACUAAGGUGAAAUUUGGUCUGCAGUAUCUAAACCAGACUUCUCUGGAACGUACUCCUAAGGCUAGCAUGUUCCAAUUUAUAGAUUGGUUUAAACAACAUGGGGGUUCUAAGUUGGGGGCGGGCACUUCGGGAAAUGUUACUAAGAAGAACUUUGUUUAGAGUUUGGAUGUGUUGUAAUCUUACUUAUUGAGUAGAUGUUCAUAUGUAGCUUUAAUGGAGAGACUACAGAUUUGA